AUGACGCAUCUUGAACGAAACCAGUUCGGUUUUCAUAUACUCGACUUGAUCAGGUCAUCACGGGAAACCUCCGACGAUCCAGCGAGCGUCUCACCUUUCUUGAUAUCCGCUGCCCAGGAUCAAGAGCACGUACUAUCAGGCGCAGGACUGCACGAUACUCUACUCGGCUUCAUGGACGAAGAAGCACAGAACCCCCUGUAUCCUUCGGCAGCGAUUGCAAUUGGAGUGUUCAAUACUGUGUUCAACACUGUCAACUCGUUGGUCUUUACACUUGCCUCACACAAUCCCUCUUGUUCGCAUUACGAUAUCCACUUUGGAACCGCUUGGUAUCUGGUGGGCAUCAUCACUGAAACCGUUGGCGAGAUUCAACGCAAAGGAUUCAAGGAAAAACCAGACAAUAAAGGGAAGAUCUGCAAGAGCGGCUUGUAUUCUGUCGUCCGCAACGUUUCAUACUUCGGCUACACUCUCUGGCGCACGGGUUAUGCUCUCGGUGCAGGUGGCGCGUCAUUUUUCAUCUAUGAUUUUGCGACAAGAGCCAUUCCGGUCAUGGAUAGCUACAUGACACAAAAGCACGGCAAGCAAUGGGCUCAGACCAAACAGGAGGUGCCAUAUGCGUUGAUACCAGGAAUUUGGUAA